AGUCUGCCGCCCGCUCGCCCGGCCGCGCAAGCUCCUGCCCCCGAUCCGCCGGCCGCCGCCGCCCUGCCCCCGAUCCGCCGGCUGCCGCCGCCCGCCUCACUGCCGGAGACCGCCCGCCUCGCUGCCGUAGAUCCCCCCGUGGUCGUACCGCCCUCUGCCGGACACCCCCACCGCCCGCGGCCGUCGCCCCCCAUCCGCUGCCCCUACCCUGCGGAGGAGGAUCAGAAGUAUGCAGACAAACACAUCAACCUUUGCCGGUCCCAACAUCUUCCAUAUGCAGCUUCCUGUCAGAGCAAACUGAUCCCUGACACCUAGAAGACAUGUGUAAUUAUGACUGCCUCAUGCACAUAGCAAAAAUGUUUCAGACUCUGUCUUCUUUUGUUUUAUAGUCGUUUAAAAUUUGUCACGCUGCUCCUCUAGGUGGUCUUCUUUAGUUUGAUGUACUCUUCGCUUCUGUCGCUGAAGAAGUGAAGGGGAUGGAGGAAGAAAACUGAGAUAUUGGCUGUGGGGUUGUGGAUUUGUGUUCUCUGACUCAAUAUCCCCUUGUAUUCCUCAUGCACUCACGAAACACCUUGCCCUGAAAUUUCAAAAGUGGAAAUCGAGUGGCGGAUCAACAUCGGAAGGAACCCAAACUAACCUUUUCAACGGUGAUUUCAUAUUUGUCCUUCCAACUCUGAUUUAGUAGUCUUUUCGUGCUGUAAAUUGCAGGUUUGGCAAGAAACUUCGGCUUAAUUUUUUUAAUAGUGAUCUUAGUAGUAUUUUCAUGCUGAAGAUUUCAGAUUUGAUAAGAUACUUUGACUUAAUAUUUUCUAUGGUUGUAUUCCAGAGAAAUAUUGAGGUGUGAAGUUAGUAUACGAGAUGAAGAAUAUCCACAUCAUCUGUAUUGGUAGUGUGCCAUUCUGAUUUUUGUUCCUGUCGGAUUUGCAGAUAGGUGCAGCGGGAGUGAUGUUAGUAGUCUUUUCAUGCUGUAAAUUGCAGUUUUGUCAAUACACUUCGUCUAAAUUUUUUUAAUAGCGAUCUUAGUAGUAUUUUCAUGCUGAAAAUUUCAGAUUUGAUAAGAUACUUCGACUUAAAAUUUUCUUUGGUUGUAUUUCAGAGAAGUAGUGAGGUGUGAAGUUAGUAUACGAGAUAUAGGUGCUCCACACCAUGUGUAUUGUUGCGUAAACCUUCUCUGAUCACUUGAAGAUGGGGAAGAAAAAUCCAAAUGCACGUCGGUUUGCCUCAAGCGAACGUGCCCCGUCACUGGAUGUAACAAACUCACCUCUAAAUGCAAAUGCAGAGAGUAGUUCUGCUGCUCGACAGAAAGGUAACCAAUCAUGGUACACCAGAUUGUCUGAUGAAAAGAAAGCAGAGCUCCUCGAGAAGCGUCGUGUCGCCUGGCGUGAGAAGAAGACUGCAGCCGUACAAAGUGUAAACCAUGCCCGGGUAUCACAAGAACAUGCUUCUUCUGUGGGGUCUGAGCAAUUUGUCCCUUUGAGCAACAUCACCAACACACAUAUAGAUGUUGCAGUAUGUACGGCGGCAAGCUCCGCGGGUACUGCUCAUCUUCACCAAAACAAUAUUGCAGGCAAAAAAAGAAGUCCACAAAGUUGGUAUGCUGGACUAUCCGACGAGCGGCGAGCUGAGUACAUACACAAACAGAAGAUGGCCCGACUCGCAAGGAAAGCAGCAACUGCCGGGGUGAAUGUCCAAUUGCCUACAUCAUCUGCCUCGCAAACUUCAUCUGGUCCUUCUGUGUGUCGCUGCUGUCAGUCUCGGGCUUACUGCUUGGAGAACAGGAGGAGCGUCAGGGCUCUUUGCUGCAUCUGUGGGGGUACUGGCCAGAAGUAGGUGAGCUAAAAUACUAGGCCCCAUCUCUGCUUGAUCUGUUCAGCCAACUGAAUUUGUUCUCCUUACUUAUUUCUGUUUCUUUUGGUGUAUGUGAAGUGUUACAACUUUAUUUCCAUUGCUGCCAUCUUGCUUUUCGUGAGCUAAUUCUGUACAAUCAAGCUAUCGUUUACAGUAAUGAGUGGACAAUGGCCUGAUAGAGGUUUCGCUGCAAUGCAUGGUUAAGUGUUGUCCUACCUCCUAUCAGAGGUUAUUGCUGUCCAUAUUCCUAUGCAUAUGCUUUUAUUUUCAGGUUAUUGUUAUCCAUGUAUCACACAAGCUAAGGUGGUCACCUUUGAUCUAAUACCCGCGAGUCUUCUAUAUUGUCUUCAUCCUAUUCGUGCUAAAACAUACUCAGGGGCGAUCGCCCACCUGAACGAUUAAAUGGAUCAAUAUUCUGGACAUUACAAGUUGGGCCAGAGUGGGCCAUAUGGAGGUACAUCAAACAUAGGAAGGGUGGACAGGAGCAGGCACAAAAGGACCUACACCAAUGUACAAGGGGAUCAUGAUCUAGGAGAAGCGAGGCCUGGACAACAGGUGGUAGAGCAGCAUGCCUAAGAGAAGCACAAGUUACCACUACUAUUCAGCAAAUGACACAACCAGAUAUUUAUGGAUUUUCCUUAACUGUAAUGACUUCAUUUGUUCUUGAAAUGGAGAAUCUUAUGUAUGUCUCUUGCUAUCCAUGUGCCAGAGCCAUGAGUUGGUUGCGAGAUCUUAUGGGUUUCACCUUUAGCCUACCCCAACUUGUUUGGAACUAAAGGCUUUGUUGUUGUUUGUUGUUGAUGAAUUUUGCGAUGCAAUAUGUUUUGGAGACUGAAAAAAUUAAGCUCUGUGACAGCACAUAUGGACUCA